CAUAUUUCAGGGUUGACUGGGGCCCAGGAGCUGGAGAGGAGGCGGAGAGGAGAGCAGGGCGGACGGAGCCUGUACACCUCGGCCACCUCCCACCACCAGAGGGCCGCCUACACCGACAAGAACACCUUCCAAGAUGACUUGGACCCCGUCAGCUCUGUCCUGCAGGAAGCGUCGCGGGAGAGCGGGGGUCGAGGCCAGACUGAGAGCGGCCGCCGCCCGCCCAGCCAAGACUGCGACAACAAUGACAUCACUGAGUGCAUCAACCUGCUGGAGGUCCUCACCAACAAGGACCUCGGCUUCGCUGCCUCCGUCGACGAGCUCAACAGGAUGUGUCCGGUGCUGCUCAACGGUCUACAGUGUAUCGACAACUACACCCGCCGGUGCCUGACGCUCAAGCACAGAGAGUACUUCAACAAGCUGUACGCCGGUACUAUCCGGGUCAUCAAGGACCUCUGUAACACCAAGGGCAGGUACCAGCAAGAGUACAUCCGCCACGCGCCCUGCAUGAGACAAGUGAACCCCAAGUACAACCAGUGCUCCGAGGUCUACCACCAGAAGACUGCCGGACUCAACCAGGUGGACGACGCCGCCGUCCAACUCAGCGAGGAACAGAAGAACAAGAACGUCAUCACACUCUGCUGUUCAUUCCAGGAAUACCUUCAGUGCUCGGAGCGGGUAGUAUACGAGACUUGUGGGAACGAGACGGCACUCUUCACCAAGGAGUUCCUGGACCGUAUGGCUGGACCCAUUGUCCAGGAUCUAUGUCAAGCUUUUUCCUUUUCAUUGCAUUCAUGCUUGCAAGAAUCCUCCACUGCCUCUCCAGGGAUAUCUCCUCAAGCUGCUGUUUUCUUCCUGAACAAGGCUUCCUCGUGGUCUGGCCAAGAGACGAGGAACAGCAGCGUGGACAGCAGUCAUACUGUAGAGAGCCUUUCCAGAGACUCUUCUCAUCAUACUGCUGAGAGUAAUGCUUUGGUUUUGUCAAGUAAUCCACAGGAGGAUCAUAGACCUUACUUUAAGUCAUCUCUCAGGCAGUCUCUCCAAUCCAAGACGGGGCAAGCUCUAAUGAACUCUCGUACUAAACUCGAUCCAACCAAUGAGCCACUUCCCACAUUGGUCUUCACGCAUGGCACCACUGUCAGGCCUCCCACAUUGCCCCCUCUCCCUCCUAUAUCGCCAACAAGCAGUGACGCCUCACCAGUGAAUGCAGACACCACUACAACUUUUCGAUCCUUAACACAAAAAUCAAAAACACAAACUCUGUACUCAAAAAAAAUCUUAAUCAAAGAGGCAGAUUCCAGUUCUUCAGCAAUGGUAGAGUUGCCUGUUAUCACCAGUCCAGUAAUCCACUCUACGCAUCAUAGACUUAAGACUCGAGAUUUGCAUGAUAAGGAAGAACAGAAUUUGUCUACAAACAUAGAGCAGUUUAUUGUUCAUCCAGUGCCUCUUGGCUCAGAUGAUGUGCAACAUGAGCAUGAAAAGUUUGAUAAUACAACAAACCUUAAUGCUAGCCACAGUGCAGCCUUACUACAAGACCAGCUUUUAACAUCUUUAGUCAAACUUGUCAACAAUGCUUCAUCUUUAUCAACUGAGCAGGCAGACAGCUCGGUAUUAACACAAAUCUCUGAAAGUUCUCAUUUGAAUGCUGAAAAUUCAGCCUCUCUUUCUUUUUCGACUUCAUUUCUGCCCAAUUCUUCCAUCAGCCCACCUUCAUUUUCAUAUAAAAGACGUAGACCGCCAUCAGGUGUGGCUAAAUAUAGAAGAUUGAUGAACCUUCACAGACCUGAAGCAGUGAAGAAUCAUGAAUUAGAGUUCAUUAACACAACUACAAGAUAUCCUCCCCGCAUUCCAGUGACUGGAGGCAGUACUACAGUGGCCAAUGAUGAGAGAGAAAAGCACAUUACUUUGGAAACUGAUCACCCUCAUUCAUUAGGUUCUUCACGAAACAUGACAUUGUUACCAAGACGCCGACCUCGCAUCAGACACUCGUGGAGACAUUUCCAUCCACGAUCUGGCCGACAAAGGUCCAGGUGGCAAACCAAGCCAAAUUUUGUGAGCCAAGAAUCCUUUAGGAGAAAUUCUCAGAAUAUGACAAUCACAACUGGUAAAGAUGAAAGAUUUGUGAAAGAAAGGCCAAAUCACAGACCAAAGUGGCCUGUUAGAAGACGCCCUUUGCCCGAGGCCCACUGGUCUAAUUCAACAGAAACGCCUGUAGAAGAAGAUGAGGCACACUUGCAAUACCAACAUGGUAAUGAAUCAGAAUAUGCAAAUGGAACCUCUGAAAGUGCAAUUGUAGAACCAAAAUUGAAACAAGAAAUAGAACACCUAAAAACUGCAUCAAAUGAAUCUAUGAAAGUUGCCAGCCACCCAGAAGUUUUGAAGUCUGCCAGCCACCCAAAGCCUGGGACUAGGGAUUUUAGCACAAAUGGCACAAUUUUCUUUAGGCAAGCUGGAAACGGGAUUAAUUCCAACAAGUUCCCACGAAAACUUGGAAAAAGAGGACCCUAUCAGAACAGAAGGCCACUUCAAAACAGACAGUGGCAUUCAAGAUUCCUAAGAAGAAGAAAAAAUGGCAGAGGAAAAACUCCAAGCCGACAGAGAGAAGAAAUAUCCUCCGAUAGCAUAGGUAUCCCUGAGGAAGCCCACAUGGAUAAGAUAAAUACACAUCAACCUCACAAUGGAGCAGAACAGGUAACAAGUCGUACUAUAUCCACAACUGAAUUCCAAGAAGAAUCUGUCCAAACAAAUUUUUCUGUUAUCUUGCCAACUUCUGAAUCAAAUAAAAAUAGUUCUAAAACAAGAAUGAGUGAAUCUCCAGAUGGUCCUGUGACCAUCACAGAGUCACCAAGUUAUGGUCAUGUCACCACCAUAACACAAUCGACAAGCGAGGGUUAUACGACUCCAAACAUUGGCAGUUAUUUAGAUAAAGCAGAAAAAACGAGAGUGAGAGGUAUUGCAGCUGAGGGUGAUACAACUAUGGUGGAGACAGUCAAGCCGGAUAAAGUAACAGAAAAUAACAAAAGUAUUGUUACUUUUGAAAAUAAUGAUGAUAAUGAUGAGUCUUAUGAUGAAUAUCACUACAGUGAUCAUGAUAUUGAUGGAUUUGAGGAACAUCAUACAGAAAAAAAUAGUAAUUGUCACACAGCAAAGAAGCAGGGUAUAAAACAUGACGAUUCUAAUUUUGUGAAUGCAGACAAUAGAAGUGUAAUAUUCGAUCCUGCCACACCCAAGGCAAGCCAUGAGCAUGAUAAGUUCAAAUUACUUAAUAUGACACAAUUAUCUAACACUUCUGGAACCUCUGAACAUGACAAAAAUGAUGUUAAAUAUUAUAAGGGUGGUUACAAUUGCAACACGCAUGAGGUUCAUACAUCCGUGUCUAAAACCUCAAACUCUCAUGGCACAGAUAAUGAGAGAGAACUUCAUAAUAUGGAUGAUAAAAUUGUUUUAAGACCAAAACAGUUCACAAGACCUAAUGAAGAUGACUUUGUAGAGGUGAGAGCUACUGAAGAUGGGCUACUAAUAGGAAGUGGUGAAAAUGGGUCGAUAAUAGGAAGUGGUGAAAAUGAGCUGCUAAUAGAAAGUGGUGAAAUUAGUGACACACUUCCUACCUCAUCAGCCGAGGUGUUUUAUUUGUGGUUCCGAAAUCGUCUUGAGGAAGAAGUUAAAGAGGCAGUGAUCCCUGCCCCAACUCCCGUUCCCUACGUUAUCCAGCUCAGAAAGGAACAAGAAACUAAGGACAGGCCAUCAGCCAACUUUGACCCCGUAAUCUUGGAUAUUUUGGAAUCCGAUUUUAUUCCAUUGGUGAAUCCAGGCCCAAGAAAUAUCGAUAAUGGUGAGCAUCCUGAUGAUAUUAACAGAUUGAAAAUUGAUAUGCCAGCAAAUGAGUAUGUCUCAUCACAUGCUAAAACUGGUAACACAAAGGACGAAGCUCACCUUCAGACUCUAAAGGAUUUGACUCCUCAUACCACAAGCUCUGAAAAGUCUAAACAAACAAUGCAGGUUGGGCAGCCAGAUACACUAACAAGCAAUAAUAGUGAAGAUGGUAUAAGGAACAUGGAAGAAAAUUUGACUAGGAAACAAAAGUCAAAACACUCGGAGCAUGUGAUAAACAGAGAGACUAAAAUUAAAUCUGAAGAAGGUACGAAAAAGAUUCUGGAUGAAGCGACUGCGUUUUCAUUGAAAGAUGCCCUUCGCCUCGAACCCAGCUCCCACAUACCUGGAGAAACUAUAUCACAAAGUCCUGUAUUGACCAAUGAUACUGACACACAUACAAACCUUACUACCAUUUCUUCAAAUACAAAGAUUGAUGAGUGGAUGGAAACUCAUAAAGGUCAAACUGCAGGUGAGGUUGCCAGAGCAAAGUUUCCUGCUGUUUUACCAACUCAUGUAACAGGAGGCACAUCAACCAGGAUUAUUACAAAUUUUACUAGAAGACCAAAUAGCACAUAUAAUGAGACCACUGGUGUAAUUCAAACCUUUUCCACCCCCGAUGAUACGCAGACAGCAGCAGGUGCGGGCAGCAGGGACACCGGGCAGCAGCACACUACAGAGGAACAACUACUUCAUACUGACGAGAGAAAUUUAACUGAAAUUUUAGAAUCUAACACGAGAGAUAAAGCUGCAACUGUUGAAAGCAACCUCACCAGUACUGAGGAUGUGCAGGUAGUGAGAGAUGACCACCAGGGUGAGUGGGACCAAGUUACUUCUGGCAGCCAUCCCAGCUCUGCUGCGACAAUCACUUUUUCUCUGUUCAAAAUGAUAAUUUUGUCUGUAUUUUGUAUGUGGGUUAUUUUAUGAUACUCACUCUUGGCUUCCUAGGAGCUAAAUGAGCUAAUAUAAUUGAUUUUUGGAGUGUUUAAGUAACUGAUAUACAGUAUCUCUUUUUCAAAGCUAAUUUAUGAGGUAUCAUGAAAAUGUGACAUUUGGCUUGAAUACUUACACACAUGUUUGUGUAAACAAUACCUUCUGAUGGAAUUUCCUAGUGUUCUCUUAUAUUGUGAGAAGCCUAAACCAGUAUUACCCCCACUGAGAGGCAAUUGAUAAUUGGAUUUUGUUACAUUGAUGGCUGCAACAGUGAUAAUGGUUAUGAUAACCAUAAUGAUAAUGACCGAUGAAUAUUGGUGGCGAUGCAAUAAUGAUGGACAUACUGAUGGUGAUGAUAUAUGAAGACUUUCAUCUCACUGAAGAUAAAUCAAAAGUGACCUCAAGAGUUCCCCAAAAUCUCUCUCGGGGGGGAUCUUCUGGCUUUCUGGUGCCAGGAAUGCACUGCCUCUGAGUUCAAGUGUGUGAAAUACGCCCCCGGGAGCCGAGUGUGUGAGAACGCUGGAUCGUCAGCCAUCACCCAUUCCCCACUCAUCUCCCUGGUGACCUUGCUUCUCUCCUUAUGGUGCAUUCUUGUCUAGGACCUCCUGCAGCUUGCUCACCAUCCCUGCCUAAGACCUUUUGCAAGACCGACGCCAACCUUACCUUUGUCCUACUGCAGGACCGACACCAUCCUUGCCUAGGACCUCCUGCAAGACCGACACCAUCCUUGCCUAGGACCUCCUGCAAGACCGACACCAUCCUUGCUUGGGACCUCCUGCAAGACCGACACCAUCCUUGCCUAGGACCUCCUGCAAGACCGACACCAUCCUUGCUUGGGACCUCCUGCAAGACCAACACCAUCCUUGCUUGGGACCUCCUGCAAGACCGACACCAUCCUUGCUUGGGACCUCCUGCAAGACCGACACCAUCCUUGAUACCUACACACUGAGAAGGAAACUUUACACUGAUAAUAUACAAAGAAAAGAUAGGAGUAAUGGAGCGAGAUAUUGUGAGUAUAUAUAUAUAUAUAUAUAUAUAGAGCCAAGAUAGAAAAAGGUAAAGCAGAUCUAAAAAUUUAGGAAGAAUUAUGUUAGAUUGAGGAAAGAUUUUAGCUGCUAUAGCAAAGUGGGAAAUGGCUGAAGAACCAGUUUACACAAAUAAAAGAAAUGACAGAUGUUAAGGAAAUAAAGUAACUCUAGCAGUGCAAAAUAUACUUUCAACUGAAUAAGUUACUUUAGUUUCACAAAGUGGUUCAAAAGUAAGGUUCAACAAGUCUUAAAUCCAAAUAGAUGAAAAAAGAAUGGAGGCACAAUACAUAGACUGUAAUGUAAGAACUGUGUAAUGUAAGAACUGUCAGAACAUUCACCAGUGUUUACUAGUACACACCCACUAGUGACAUGUAAAAUAAUAUUAACCACUUGUAAAACAUCAUUCACAUUCUGGGUUAUGCAAAUUUUUGUCAUUUUGCAUAAUUCAUAAUAAGGUAAUCAAAAUUAUUUAAAUUUCUCCAGAAGAGGUACAAUUUAAAUCUGGAUCCUGUUCCCUGCAUUGCGUCCCCAAGACCAUGUAUAUAACAUUAAAUUUCAUUAUUCAGAAUUAAAUAAACAUUCAAUUUGUUUUUUGUGUUGACCAGAGAAUAAAGUGUUGGCCAGAGAGCAACACCAUAUGUGUAUAUGUAUGUGUGUGAACACAUGGUGUGUGCACGUAGGCCUUGGUUGUGUUUACCUGCCUGUGUGCAAGUGUGAAUGUUUGACUAUUAAAAGCCAAACCUUAGCUAUUAACAAAGAUAACACCAAUAGCAAUCUUGUUCUCUACAACAGCUUUCACUCUUCUCCAGAUACAAGCUAUUAUUUUGUCAAAAUUUAUUUAAAUACAUCCAAUUUGUUAUUAAAUUGAUCUCUGAAUUGUAUGAUGCAUCAAAUAUAUUAUUAUUGUGAAUGAGUUGGAUAAAUAUCUAGCAAGUAUGUGACAGUAGCAAUAUUGCUUCAGAAUUACCCCUGCCAUCCAUGCUUGGAUGCCUUCAGUACUGUAACAAACUCAUGCCCUUAACUCAAAGUUUGCUUAGUUUUUUAAAUUAAAACCAGUUUAUUUAAAUUAAAUUUUAAAUUAAAACUAUUUGAGUCUAGCAGAGUUCCAUGCUACUGUUGUACAUAUCUCAUAUUUGGUGCUUUUACCACAUCCUGGUUCCAUUUCAUUCCUAAGUUCUGUAGUUGCAUUCCACGUCUUUGGUUCUAGGUUUCAUGGUUGUGUCUGCCCUAUAGUUCUCUGGCUCAUGGUUAUAAUCCAUAUGGUUUUGUAUCUCAUGCUUGUAAACCUCAUAGCUCAAACAUUGCUCGACUAAGCACAGUGUAUCCACCAUAUAUUACUUCAAGAGGCUUUCAUACAUUUCCACAUCUUUGACCAUAAAAUGUAUUAAGCAUCAGGUUGCGUCUUGCUCAAGUACUCCACCUACAUGAUUGUGUUACUACCUAAUGUCAAAUGGCAGAAGUAAAAUACACAGAUUUAAACUUUUCGUAAAAUGUACAUACUAUAUGAAUCCAAUGUACAUAUACACAACUGACAAGCCAGUUGUAUAUAUACCAUUUUGAAAAUCAAUGUAUAAAUACAAGAACAACUAUGAAAUGAGGUCCAAACCACACAUCAGAAAAUUAAAAAGAAAAAACUGACAUUUUGGUCCAUCCUGGAACAUUAUCAUAACUUCACAAUGGUGUUGUGAAGCCGGUCGGCCGAGCGGACAGCACACUAGACUUGUGAUCCUGUGGUCCUGGGUUCGAUCCCAGGCGCCGGCGAGAAACAAUGGGCAGAGUUUCUUUCACCCUAUGCCCCUGUUACCUAGCAGUAAAAUAGGUACCUGGGUGUUAGUCAGCUGUCACGGGCUGCUUCCUGGGGGUGGAGGCCUGGUCGAGGACCAGGCCACAGGGACACUAAAAAGCCCCGAAAUCAUCUCAAGAUGGUUUCGGUCCACAAUGGACCGAAACAUCACUAUUUCUUUAUUUUCUGAUGUGUGGUUUGGACAUUAUCUUCAGCCAUGUUAUUGUAACUCAUCUGCUACUAUGAAAUAUGUGUGCAGAUAUAAUUUUAAACCUUUUAAUAAUCAUGCAACAUAAAAUGUUGUAUAAUGAUAUAGAACUUCUAAACCAUUGUGUGGAUAUAUGCCUCCAGUUCAGUACAGUAUAUAGGUAUAUAACCUUUAAAACUGACAAAUGUAUAGAUGAUAGUUGAACAUUAUAAAUUUAUAUAAUUAGUAAGUAUUGUAUAAGCUAAGCAAAACUAUAUAACUUUGUUGACUACAGUAUAUUUGCUAACUUGUUAAGCUUAGCAAGGAUGACAGUUUAUAUAUAUGCCUAAUGAUGCAACAUCUCUUAAUCUCUUGUUACCCUUCUCACACAACAAAAAAUGUUGAUUUAAUAUGCUAAUCCUAAUUGGUUUUAUGAAUAACAUUUUAUGAUUUUUGUUUUGGGAGCAGUAGGUCACUUUCCUUAAGGUUUUGUUACAGGUUGUUGAACUUCUCACAUCCUCUACAUUUACCUGUUGUCACUUGUGAUGGUUUUCUUUAGACCAUUAAGAGGGUCUUCCCAAUUUUGUCGGAAACACAAAAUUGGUAUUUGUGUGAAUGGUGCCUAUGCUGUGUGGAUGGUGCCAAUAUUGUGUACUGGCACUUGUAUUGCAUAAAUGGUAGCUCUGCUGUAUAGGAAAUGCCACCAUUUUCUAAUGGUUGUGAUGCUGUGUACUGGAACCUUCAUUAUGUAGAUGGUGCCCUUAUUUUGCAAUGGUACCUUCAUUAUGUCCGUGAUACUCUCCGUGUGUAGCAGUUGCCUCCUGUUAUAUGGUACCUCUGUUGUAUGGACGAUGCCCUGCACUGUGUACUAGUACCUCUGUUGUGUGCCUGUUGCCUCUGUUGCCUGUUGCUGUGACUAUUUACAGCAAAUCCUGUUUUGCUCAGCUUAGACCAGUUUCAGAAUGUGGGAUCUCACCACAAGUUGUGUAGGAAUCCAAUAGACUGUACAUUUUAGGGUAAAUAUGGUAAUGUAAACAAAAAAAAUUAAAAAAGUGUGAAAGCAGUCACUAAGGUGCUCUAGUGUGAUUAUCGGGAGUUCUUUAGAAUGAACUUUAACAUUACAGUUUGCAACCCUAUGAUUAUGUUAUUACACCUAAUACUAUAUUUAAUGUUGAACCACAGAAAUCUUCAGUUUUAAUGCAUUUUAUUUUUAACUAUAUAGUAAAUAUAUUACAAUAUUUUUUUACAAUAUUUUAGGGUUUCUGUCAUCACUUCGUUGUAUACCGUGGAAGCUGUAGAUAAAACCUACACAUGUUUAAUACGCUUCAUAGCUAAUAUUACAUUUUCCUUUAAUAUUUAUGCUGUAAAUAUGUACAGAUAACUCAUUUUAUCUAGAAUGUUAAAAAUACUUUUAUGUGAAAAAGAAUAAAUUGUGUUUAAUAA